ACAUCGACACCAACAUCGCCCACACCAACAUCGCCCACACCAACAUCGCCCACACCAACCAUCGCCACACCAACAUCGCCCACACCAACAUCGCCCACACCAACAUCGCCCACACCAACACCACAAUCGCCUACACCAACAUCGCCCACACCAACAUCGCCCACACAACAUCGCACACCAACAUCGCUCACAACAACAUCGCCCACACCAACAUCGCCCACACCAACAUCGCUCACAACAACAUCGCCCACACCAACAUCGCCCACACCAACAUCGCCCACACCAACAUCUCCUACACCAACAUCGCCCACACCAACAUCGCCCACACCAACAUCGCCCACACCAACAUCGCCCACACCAACAUCGCCCACACCAACAUCGCCCACACCAACAUCGCUCACAACAAACAUCACACCAACAUCUCCUACGCCAACAUCGCCCACACCAACAUCGCCCACACCAACAUCGCCCACACCAACAUCGCCCACACCAACAUCGCCCACACCAACAUCUCCUACGCCAACAUCGCCCACACCAACAUCGCCUACACCAACAUCGCCCACACCAACAUCGCCCACACCAACAUCGCCCACACCAACAUCGCUCACACCAACAUCGCCCACACCAACAUCGCCCACACCAACAUCGCCCACACCAACAUCGCCCACACCAACAUCGCCCACACCAACAUCGCCUACACCAACAUCGCCCACACCAACAUCGCCCACACCAACAUCUCCUACACCAACAUCACCCACACCAACAUCACCCACACCAACAUCGCCCACACCAACAUCACCCACACCAACAUCGCCCACACCAACAUCGCCCACACCAACAUCGCCCACACCAACAUCUCCUACGCCAACAUCGCCCACACCAACAUCGCCCACACCAACAUCGCCCACUCCAACAUCACCCACACCAACAUCGCCCACACCAACAUCGCCCACACCAACAUCGCCCACACCAACAUCGCCCACACCAACAUCGCCCACACCAACAUCGCCCACACCAACAUCGCCCACACCAACAUCGCCCACACCAACAUCGCCCACACCAACAUCGCCCACACCAACAUCGCCCACACCAACAUCGCCCACACCAACAUCGCCCACACCAACAUCGCCCACACCAACAUCGCCCACACCAACAUCGCCCACACCAACAUCACUCACAACAACAUCGCCCACACCAACAUCUCCUACGCCAACAUCGCCCACACCAAUAUCGCCCACACCAACAUCGCCCACUCCAACAUCACCCACACCAACAUCUCCUACGCCAACAUCGCCCACACCAACAUCGCCCACUCCAACAUCACCCACACCAACAUCGCCCACACCAACAUCUCCUACGCCAACAUCGCCCACACCAACAUCGCCCACACCAACAUCGCCCACACCAACAUCGCCCACACCAACAUCGCCCACACCAACAUCGCCCACACCAACAUCGCCCACACCAACAUCGCCCACACCAACAUCGCCCACACCAACAUCGCCCACACCAACAUCGCCCACACCAACAUCGCCCACACCAACAUCGCCCACACCAACAUCUCCCACACCAACAUCGCCCACACCAACAUCGCCCACACCAACAUCGCCCACACCAACAUCGCUCACAACAACAUCGCCCACACCAACAUCUCCUACGCCAACAUCGCCCACACCAAUAUCGCCCACACCAACAUCGCCCACACCAACAUCGCCCACACCAACAUCGCCCACACCAACAUCGCCCACACCAACAUCUCCUACGCCAACAUCGCCCACACCAACAUCGCCCACACCAACAUCGCCCACACCAACAUCGCCCACACCAACAUCGCCCACACCAACAUCGCCCACACCAACAUCUCCUACGCCAACAAGGCCCACACCAACAUCGCCCCCACCAACAUCGCCCACAACAUCGCCCACACCAACAUCGCCCACACCAACAUCUCCUACGCCAACAUCGCCCACACCAACAUCGCCCACACCAACAUCGCCCACACCAACAUCGCCCACACCAACAUCGCCCACACCAACAUCUCCUACGCCAACAAGGCCCACACCAACAUCGCCCACACCAACAUCGCCCACACCAACAUCGCCCACACCAACAUCUCCUACGCCAACAUCGCCCACACCAACAUCGCCCACACCAACAUCGCCCACACCAACAUCGCCCACACCAACAUCGCCCACACCAACAUCGCCCACACCAACAUCGCCCACACCAACAUCGCCCACACCAACAUCGCCCACGCCAACAUUGCCCACACCAACAUCGCCCACAACACCAACAUCUCCUACGCCAACAUCGCCCACACCAACAUCGCCCACACCAACAUCGCCCACACCAACAUCGCCCACACCAACAUCGCCCACACCAACAUCUCCUACGCCAACAUCGCCCACGCCAACAUCGCCCACGCCAACAUCGCCCACACCAACAUCUCCUACGCCAACAUCGCCCACACCAACAUCGCCCACACCAACAUCUCCUACGCCAACAUCGCCCACGCCAACAUCGCCCACACCAACAUCGCCCACACCAACAUCGCCCACACCAACAUCUCCUACG